GUAAAUAUCGCGAGAAAUGAAGCAGCGCGAGAAAAAGGGGUUCAGUAAAGGCAUAGCAAUAUUCAUAUUUAGCAACAACAACAACAAGCUUUGAUGAAAUGGUUGUUUUGUUGUGUUGACAGGCUGGAUGCCGAUAUGUGCGGCCAUUUCAGCCGCAGAUGAGACACCAGGCUGGGAUGAACAGCAUGUGGCCUCAGAUCUCUGGACGUCCGUCAGCUGAUGAUGAGACAGAUCUAUUAAAUCAUACUCUUCUGCUUGUUUGAGGAGCAAGCUGCUGUUAGCCCCCAGAAAAUAAUGUAACAAGCAGCCGAGCUGCAGCGUUCUGAAUGGCUUAAAGCCCAUGGUUUAUGGGUCCAGACUAUGAUCUUGUGAACUCUUUGCUGUGGACAUGCUGAGUCCUGUACUUUGCUUCACACUCAGCUUUAAAUGAGCAGACAGAUGUGCUGUGUUUGCCCCGGGUAUUUAGUCCAGCUGUGCAUUCACUUCCACUGAUUUUGUGCAUGUUUGAAGUGAUUCGACUGAAGUCCUAAACAUUUCACCAGGAUGAACGGCUCUCUUUUAACCCCGCCCAGCCCGCAGGCCACCAACUCCUCCCCUCUACCUCCGUCACCCUCCCCGUCUCCUUCCCCGCCGUCUCCCUCACUGCUACCUUUGUCCUCCAGACCUCCCCCUCUCCCCCCGUUGGUGAGCUCGCCACCCCAGGCUCACCCGUCUUCCCUGUCCGACACCCCCACACCGUCCCCCUCCCCUUCCCUGAGCUGGACCGAAUUCUGUGAGCUCCAUGCACGUGUUGCGGCUGGCGACUUUGCACGCCAUUUCCGGGCGUUUCUCCAGGAAAACCCACACUACACAACAGACUCUGCUGCUGCUUUCUGCCGGCGCUUCACUGACCGCUUCAUUCGUCAUUUCCAGAGUGAACUGGAGGGGGGACUCCCGCCGAGCUGUGCUCCGGGGCGCAACGAGAUGGUGAGCUGGGCUCCUCCAUCAGAUGCUACCUCCCUGGAAGAGGAGGCGGUCUCGCCCCUGUCAGGAACUGGAGGAGCAGUCCUCCAGAGCCCCCCCUCCAGCAUGGCGCGGGUAACGUCCAAGCCUGCCCCGUCCCGGCUGGUGUUGGAAACCCGCAGUGGCGAUCGCUUUCAGGAUUCCUAUGCCCAGGGUCAAGUCCUGCCACCAUCCUCUUCGUCAUCGUGCUGCUCUUCGGUGGGAGGGAACAACGGAAGGCGGGAGGAGAGGGGAGCCGUGCUCGUCCCUGGAAACGGAGACGCCCCAGUAGAGGAGGAGGAGGAGGACAGUUGGCCCGGAAUAGCUUUAGUUGGCGAAGGUGUGGAGCACGAAGAGCCGGAAGCAGAGUCCUCUGAGGCUGAUCACACUCCUCAUCUUCUUCCCUCUUCUGUCUCUCCUCCGCCUGACUCCAAAGGCAACGGCACGCCCAACUGCUCCAAAAACAAACUGAAGAAACGCUUCUCGCUGCGGAACGUGGGUCGGAGCGUGCGUGGAAGUGUCCGAGGAAUCCUGCACUGGAGAAGCUCCUCCAGCGACGCGGCUCAGAGCCAGAUGCCCUCCAGCUACAGCUACACCUUGGGCGUCCAGGACUCCGGCCUGGCCAAGAGGAACUCUGCCACACAGCCUCCUACGCCCACCUCCUCGAUGCCGGUGUCCCUGUCAAUGCCCCUCUCCCUUCCUCACUCCUCCUCCUCCUCCCUGCCUCCCUCAUCAUCCAGCAGCGCCACCUCGCUGUCUCUGUCCGAGGCUGCUCGGGACCGCCGGCGAAGCAACGGCGAAGGAGGUGAGAAGGACAAGUGGAGCCAUCGUCUGGAGAAACUCAGAUUGUCCCGCUCACCACCUCCAAUCCUCACUCAUACCCUUCACCCCGGCACCAACCCGCAACCUCCAAGCAGCGCCGCUACCAUCGGUCCUCCCAGGAAGGUGGGGCGGCUGGUGCGGGAGGGCGGGGUGAGCGUCAGCUCGUCUAACGACGAGUUAGGUGGGAACCACGGCUUCUCCGGCUUCUCGUUCGGUUUGCUGCAUCAUGGCGCAGAAAGCAACAGCUCGGCCGCGUCAGCGGGGGCCCAGGCGGCUCCAGUGCAGCCUCUGGCCAGUGGUGGGAAUGUGCCCUGGAGGGGGGGCCGCUGGCAUAAAUGUCGUCUGGUCCUCAGAGAGCGGGACCGAGAAGGGGGAGAGGAAUACUACCUGGAAUUCUUCAUCCCACCAAAGUCCUCGAAGCCUCGGCUGACCGUUCCCUGCUUCUCCAUCAUGGAUGUGAGGAGCACCACAGCCCUGGAGGUCCCUGACAAGGAGAAUACCUUCCUACUGCAGCUGGAGGGGUCGGCCCAGUAUGUGAUCGAAACACGAGAUGCUGUUCAAAUGAGAGCCUGGCUGAGUGACAUCAGGAACGCCAUCUGUCUCAGUGAGCAGGAAGACGCUGAAGGUGUGUGUGCUGCUUCAUUGGACCUCAGUGGAACACCUGAGAUCAGCGAGCGCCUUUCACAAGUCUGUUACGGAGGAAUCGGAGGCUCCUCCACUCUGAUGGAUCCGCUUCCUCCGGAGCUUCCACCUCGAGCUCCACUUGACGAACCAGAUGGCAGGAAUUUUGGAGGGGGCGGGGCUAGUCUGGGCACCCCUUUUGCUGAGACGCCAGAUGCGACAGGGUCAUUCCUCUUCUCUGACGUGGUGACAUCUGAGGCGGUGGAGCACCCGCUCAGUGAGUGUCAGUGGUUCCACGGCACCCUGUCUCGUCUCAAAGCGGCUCAGCUGGUCCUAGCUGGAGGCCCGGCGAGCCACGGCGUGUUCCUGGUCCGACAGAGCGAGACGCGGCGAGGAGAAUACGUCCUCACCUUUAACUUCCAGGGAAAGGCCAAGCACCUCCGUCUGUCCCUGAAUGAGGACGGUCAGUGCCGAGUGCAGCACCUCUGGUUUCAGUCCAUCUUUGACAUGUUGGAACACUUCCGGGUGCACCCGAUCCCUCUAGAGUCCGGCGGCGCCUCUGAUGUCACGCUCAUCAGCUUCGUUGGGUCCACCGCAGUCCGACAGCCAGACUCGAGCAGCAGACCCCGUAGUCCACCUCAGCCUCCCCCGCUGCCCCCGGGACGCCCGCCGCCACCGAGCCCCCCCCAGGAGAGAGGAAAUGAGGUCGAGCCUGGAGGACGGGGACCACCCCUGGGUACAGCAGCAGCAGCAGGCGGAGCAGGAAGUGGAGGCAGCGGAGGAGGAGUGGAGGACUGGGAGGAGAGGGACAGGGAGACUCCUCUGCAACAGUUAGAAGCUGUGGAGGGAGAGGAGAGGGAUGGAGCGAGGGUCCCUCGAGCCAUCGAUAACCAGUACUCCUUCUUCUGAUGAAGAGGCGAGGAGGAGGAGGAGGAGGAGGUGUAUGCCUGGGUUUAUGUGUGGAAUGAAGUGAGAUUAGAUGAUGCGGUAUCCAUCACAGCCAUUCAUAACCAGUAUUUUAAUUUGUUAGCGAGGAGGAGGGGCGGUCCCAACACUAAAUGAGACAGAGAGAGGAGCAGGCAGGUGAGAGCAGCUUUACGACACUAACAAGCAGUACUUUUUUCACUUUCUAGUCAGAUAAGCUUCGGGCUUUUGCCGGUCCGCCUCACAGAAGACUCUGAAUCCUACGUGUGAGUAGUGAGAACUCAAGCUGGUGAAGCCAGCAGAUCCAAUACCUCACGGUGGUCCUGCCAAGACAGCCAAACAUACUCUGUGUUUCUACUGCGGCAAGCAGACCCAAAACCUUACACCGUCGCUGGUACCGAAUCCAAGCUUCACCUUGACUUCUGAUCCGGGUCUAUUUCUUUCUACUUUCCUUUCGGGGAUCCAGACUUCCCUCAGUUAACGUGGUCUGGAUGAGCAGUUCUCCAGACCUUCUGAAGGUUUUUCAGAGUUUUUCUUUGGGCUUAGGCAUGUUCAUUCAGUUUCAGUCCAGAACCGGAGCGCUGAGCUAUUAAUUGUUCAGGGGGAAAGGUUCCUAAACCAAACACAUGAACUAGAGUUGAGUCUAAAUUAGAUCAUCAGGGUUCCUGCCCCUUUUCUUCAGUCGGAUCUCUCAAGAAUCCCAAAGCUAACCCAGGUCCACAGACAGAAGCUAGGAGAAGAUGGAGCGUCCCUCAAGUCGUGUCAGGUCAGAUGAUAAGGAGAUCUUAUCAUCCAGGAGGACUGUGAAACAUUUGGGUGGACAUCAGAACCGGUUCUGAUUGUGCAAACAGGCAUGUUGUUACCUGUAGACUGAUACAGGUUAGACUCUGACCUUUCACCCUGGGGUCAGUUUAUAGGAGUUUUUCAUUGAACGUAUGCGAUUCCACUACUAGUAGAACAGACACUAAUGGGUCCGUUUACAUGUGGAGGUCCGGCUUUCUUCACGUUUGCUUUAUUUAUUCAACCUUUGAAGUGUCCGAACGGACCGAUCCAGUCCAGACGCCUUGUUCAUGACUCUCAAACUGAGACUUGAGUUAUGAGGAGGUUGGUGAGGUCAAGUGGAGAUGUCCUGCUGAGAUCACCCAGCUGGUAGAAAUGAGUAGAACCAAAUGAUGACCUGUAAUGUACUCCUCACAUUGACCCAGUUGUAUAUAAAACAGUUGAUCUGGUCUUCAGUUAAACCUAUAAACCACUCAGAUCUGUUCCAGGUCCACCAGCUUACUGCAGUUAAUUGACGGUCCAGAAGCGAUGGACUCCUUUUGGACUCCAUUUCUUCUGAAUUCUUCUGUUUGUUUCAGGAUUUUUGGGUCAGUCCUCCUGCAGCAAACAUGUUAAUAUGAAGAUCUGCUCUGACUUUAGGUACUGAUCCAUAGCUUAGCCAUCCUUACCAUCAGAACCAUCACUCAAAGUUUACCCGGGUCUCAGGAGGUUGGACUUUACCUGACUCAGUUUGAGGAUUUGUUUUACAGAUUUUUCCACAGAAUGUUGCCUUCAGGUCCAUAUUUUCUUCACAAGGAAUCCAAUGUUUCUCCCUGGAAAGGAGGCAACUGCUUAGAACUGUUCUUACCCGUUAUGUGUUUUGAUAACGGGGGGAUAUUCCUUUAAAAAUGGUCCACAUCUGGACCCAGAGUCAGAGACGUCCUGGUGCUCGGUACCUUCCUCCUAACUUCUUCUAGGAGAGCCCAGCUCAGCUACGGUCCGUCAGAGAGGGGUCCAAUCAGAGCCCAGAGUGCAGAUAGACACGCCCAUGCUCUUAUUCACUCCCUGUAGAUUUCACCUCUGGGUGGUUCUGUAGAAACUGGACUUGAAGGUUCUGCUACAGGAAACACUGCAGACCCAUGCAGAUGUAGAUGUGAGCCCACCAGAAGGUUCUGGUGUAAUCAGUGUAGUUUAAAGUCUCCCUCUCUGGUUCUGGCUUCAAUCAGCAGCUUCUUCUUCUUCUAUUAAUCCUUCUUUCCCAGCGGAGCCACCAGGAGGUCAGGGAAUACUGGAUGUUUGGGAACGUCGCUGCUGUUUAAGAACAAACCGAGCAAUAAUUCACUUCGCUGAUUAAAACCUUCUGUUUCCAGAAGAUGUUUCUGAUCCCAGAGACUCCGGGCUGGAAGUGAAGCGCUGUGUAACGUUUUGGGUCUGGAGUAGGAACCGUUUACCUCAGCAUGGACAGUCGUAGUAAAAAUAAUAAUGAUGGUCGGAUUAAUAGCAUUAAAGUGUUUUCUUUUGUAACUCUGGUUCUGACUCCAUCCCAGUUCAGACGUCUUUGUGCCUUUUUUAUUUGGCUGACGGGGUCCCUUCCUGUUUUCCUGCUGUCCUCUCCUCCUCAACCCCAUCCUGCAGUCAUCAACAUCUGGAGAACAUUUCAGAGGACAUACCUUCUUAUUUCUAGUUGUGCCUUUCUGUCUGUCUGCUCAUCCUCCUGCGCUGUCUUUCUUCAGUCCCCCUCCUUCAUGUCCCGUGUCCUCGUCUCAUUGGAAGACUCUUCGUGCCUUUUUCUGUCUCUUUCUGUCUUUGCUGGGACCGUUGGUGGAGGACAGAACCGUCUGUCCAUCCUGUGUGGUUAGUUUCAGGUACUACGUUGAAUUUAAUGAUAUAAUAUAAAUAUAGUGAAACAUUGAA